UUCCUUUGCUUGUCGAACACCGAUCACACAAACAUUCGACUUAUUCUCCGCGAUUUCGUCCAUAGUCCAUUGCUGUCCAUAGAUAACACAAUAACACAUCAUUAUUUUUGUCGUUUUCGGUUUUGUGAUGGUAAAGAAUCUACCUACUUUUUUACGUACCUAGGUUUAUGUGUUUAAUAACCAUAAUCUAAUAAAUUUAUAAAUUAAUAAACAACGUACGUAUAAUAAAAUCUGUUACAUAAUAAGCAAGUGAAAAAUUGUGCUUAAAAUUUGUACAAUGGAAAACAACACAGAUCAUUCAGAACAGACGAACUACAGUCCCCUGACUGUUGAGGAUGUAGAUGUAGACUUUUUACCGAUUGUAUACGAUAUAAUACGAAGCGUGGAGAGAGAUUUUCACGACAACGCGUCGAAAAUACGCGAGUCCCACGAGUGCAGUCAUAGAGUUCUUGAAUUACAAAAGAGGCUAGAAAUAGCUAAAGCUCAGAUCAGGAGGCUCCCAGGUAUAGAAUUCAACAAACACGACCAGCUGAAGCAAUUUGAACUGCUCCGCACUCAGCUGAGAUUAAAGCGUGAACUCUUACAGAAGUAUCGGAAUAUGUGCUCAUUUGAGACAUCAUUCAAGUGAAGAUGCCUCUACGUGCGCUGCUUAAAUACUUAGCCAAUAAUGAACGAAUUGUACAGAAGAUUGCAGAGUCCUACCCUGUACGAAGAGCAGCUCAGUUAGCUGUCUCAGUAUUUUACAGAGGGAAGGAAAAGCUCUCUGAUGUUGAUCCACAGAAAGUUAAUAAAUUUAUAGAGUUUUUAAAAAGGUUCAGUGCAAAUUUGAAGGAAGGAGUACAGGAUGCAAAAAAACAACUGAAAAAAUAAUAAUAGUUCCUUGGAUGUUUUUGGCUAACCAUGGAUUAGUUGCUGUUGAUUGUAAUUCACUAUCAGUAGUGUCCUUUACAUAAUAUAACUACUAAAUUAGAUAAUAAAAAACUGUAACAUA